UAUCUUGUAGUUGACAUCACUGUUUACCACAAUGGUUACCAUGGAGAUUUGAAUGAGACAUUUUUUGUUGGAAAUGUUUCAGACAAAAAUAAGCAGCUUGUAAAGGUUACGCAUGAGUGCUUGAUGUUGGCCAUUAAUGAAGUGAAGCCUGGUGUUCGAUACAGGGAAAUGGGUAACAUUAUACAAAAACAUGCUCAUGCACAUGGGUUUUCUGUGGUCAAAACAUACUGUGGCCAUGGCAUCCAUAAAUUGUUUCAUACUGCACCAAGUAUACCUCAUUAUGCAAAGAACAAAGCGAUUGGAGUGAUGAAACCUGGACAUACAUUUACAAUAGAACCCAUGAUUUCAGAAGGUGUUUGGAAAGACUUGACAUGGCCAGACAACUGGACUGCUGUUACUCAAGAUGGCCGCAACUCAGCCCAGUUUGAGCAUACUCUUCUUGUCACUGACACUGGCUGUGAAAUUCUCACACAAAGACAAGACAAUAAUGGACAAGCACAUUUUAUGGAUCAAGAGUGAAAUGUGUGCUUCAUGAAGUGUAAAAUGAUAUAUGUUGAAAUAACCAUAAUGGUUAGCUGAACAUUCUUACUUUGCCAGUAAACAUAAGUGUCAAAUUAUUGAGUACUAAAUAUCUGUUGUCAUAGCUCGAAUAAUUUUUAUCCAGCUUUUGUUAUUUUUUUUUUUGGUAUGGAG